GGUAUCGUGGGCUCGAAGACAGCAUCCCAGUUUUCUAUAAGAGGCGUCAACGCCUCCCGUCUUGUCAUAAUUCUCUUCUCCCUCAUCAGCUCACACAGCAUCUCAACAACCAACACUCAGACACAACCCUCUGAACACUUCUCUUCACCACUACCAUCUUGAUAACGCAUUCUAUCCGCUUCAUACCAACCGCCAACAUGCAGUCCAAGAUCUUCACCGCCGCGCUCGCCGCCUUCUCCUUCGCUUCAGUCCAGGGAGCCGUCCUUCCUCGCGCCACCAUCACUCCUGGCACCAUUGUCACUCCUGGCGUUUCCUUCAACCCUGCCGAGCUUGGAGCCAACGAGUUGGCUUUCCGCACUCUCCAGGUUCUCACCGGCCAGAUUGCCCAGACCACCGCUCUUGCCAACAGCCUUGCCCUUCAGGCCACCGGCACUGCGACAGCUGCCGCUGAUCAGGUCCAAGCCGUUGUUGCUCAGCUGAGCUCCAACGCCGCUGCCAUCGCUGCCAACGUCGCUAGCAUUGUCGCUGCCGCUCCCACCGCGAUCCCUCCUGUUCCCAGCCCUACUGCCCCUGCCACUCCCGAUGUUGGUGGCCAGGCUGAAGCUCUCGUCCGCCAAGCUCAGGCCCUCGCCAGAGCCCUGACUGCUCAGAUCGCCGCUCUCCAGGCACAGGUCACCGCCAACGCUGGAACCGUCGCCGGAGUUGCCCAGAACGCUAUCGUCGACCGCGUCCGCAACGCCCAGGUCAAGCUCAACCCUGUCCUCGUCAUCGGCGCCACCCCCGAUGUCCAGUUUUAAAGAGCUCAAUAACUCUUUACAAUACUCUAUUGCCCGGUCUUUCGAUGACAACUCACCUUAGUCGGUCAACAGCUUGAGCAAGACUCGCAGAACUUUCAACAAUCGCAGCCGAGUAUGAAAUUUGGAGGAUGAUAAUACGAAAAGGGGGGAUUGAAUUUACCAUUAUUAUGGGAUAAUAACGAUCGCAAAGUCUUUAAACAAGACCUACUACGCUCCUUGACGGAUGGCUUCUGAA